AUGAUGCCCUUCGGUAAUACGCCCCCGCAAAAGACCCAUCCAGGCCCCUGUCAGAAAGACGACAAGCGAACCAACAAUGCUCACCGUAGCUCCGCGUUUCACCGCCUUAGUAAGAGGGCAGAACCUCGAUUUUUGUGUUGCGGCUUUGCGCAUUCUUUCGACAAGCCUGCACGCAAUCACAGCACGACCAUGCCACUUCCGAAGAGACAGGCUGUCCACGCCAAGGGCGUAAAGGCUACGAAUCCCACUAAACAUACAAAAUCUACCGAAUCGAGUGGAGAUUCUCGUUUUGCCAACUUUGAAAGCGACGCUCGUUUCAGACUUCCGUCGAAGAAGCACACCAAGACCAAGCUUGACCCUCGAUUCUCGCGGUUACGAAGCGACCCAGACUUCUACAACAAAGCAACAGUAGACAAGUAUGGUCGCAAGAUCUCGAAAGACGCUGGCAAGAAGGCCCUCGAGAGGCAGUACGAUGAAGAGAGCGACGAGGGCGAAGAAGCACUCGAGGGUCUAGUCACGGAGAAGCGAGACAAGUCCGUAUUGAAGGAGCUGGAGAGGGUACAGAAGGAGGGCUUUGACCCUAUUCGCGACGGCGGACUUGAGUCUUCAUCAGAUGAGAGCUCCAGCGACGAGGAAGAGGAGGAGGUUGAGGAGCAGGUGGAACUGGCUGGUGACGACAACGAAGUACCCACCGGGGACAUCUCUUCUCGACUAGCUGCUGUAAACAUGGACUGGGACAACAUUCGUGCGAGUGACAUCAUGGCUGUUGCAAAUUCGUUUGUGCCAGCAGAUGGGCGUAUCCUGAACGUGGUUAUCUACCCGAGUGAGUUCGGGAUGGAACGGAUGCAGCGUGAAGAGAUCGAAGGGCCACCUCGAGAGAUUUUUGCGUCUACUGCGAACAAGAACGAAGCCAAAAUCUCCACACUGGAUGAUGACUCGGACGCGUCCGACGCGUCGGAUGUUAGAGACGAGGAACAGGUUGAGGAAGACCUGCAGCAAGGCGACAAGGGUGAGGAGUUCGACUCAACAAAACUGCGAAGUUACCAACUGGAUCGAUUGCGCUACUAUUACGCGGUAAUCACCUGCUCCUCAGCGAAUGUGGCCAAGUCGGUCUAUGACAACUUGGAUGGGCGAGAAUACCUGACCAGCGCCAACUUCUUCGACCUUCGAUUCGUCCCUGACGGAACCGAAUUCGAUCAGGAUCCCCACGACGAAUGCGAAAGGUUGCCGGACGGCUACAAACCCAAUGAGUUUACCACAGACGCGCUUACUCAUUCGAAGGUCAGGUUGACUUGGGACGCCGAGGAUACGACACGAAAGGAGGUGCAAAAACGCGCAUUCUCGAGGAAGGAGAUUGAUGAGAAUGAGCUCAAAGCCUAUCUUGGCAGCGACUCGGAAUCAUCUGAGGACGAUGAGGAGACAGCUAAGACCGACAAGGCUGCCAGCCUGCGAGCAGCUCUAGGCCUUGAGGCCCCGAGCAAAUCGUCAAAAUCGAAAACCAAGUCAUCGUCGAAGCGAGACCGCGACUUUCCCAAGCCGGACGGGGAGAUGCAGAUUACCUUCUCCGGAGGCCUGCUGGGCGAGGGCAAAGGUGGCUCUGUCUUCGAGAACGAGGUUCCACUCAACGAAACUACAAUGGAGAAGUACGUGCGUAAAGAGAAGGAGAGGAAAGCCAAGCGAAAGGAGAGAAUGAAAGCAAAGAAAGAGGGGCGUGACCCAGAUGCUGAAGUUGAGGAGACCGAGACAGCCACAGCUGGUGCGGAUGGCGACGAUCCAUUUAACGAUCCCUUCUUCGCAUCCGAUGGCGAAGGUGUUGAAAAGGCCGAGAGGAAAGCGGAGAACAGGUCCAAGCGAGCGAAGAAACGUGAGGAGAAAGAAGCAGAAGAGGCGGCCAAUGCAGCUGAGCGGGCUAAAUUGGAGCUACUUAUGGCUGAUGACGAGGACAACAAGAUGCGUCACUUCAACAUGAACGAGAUCGAGAAGGCUGAAAAGGCGAAGAAGAAGGGCAAAAAGGGUAGGAAGAAUGCGCCGGUGGUGGAAGAUAAUUUCAAGAUCGAUACCAGCGAUCCUCGUUUUGCGAAACUAUACGAGAGCCACGAGUUUGCUAUUGAUCCUACGAACCCACGGUUCAAGGAGACAUCAGGCAUGAAAGCCUUGCUAGAGGAAGGCCGUAAGAAGAGGAAGCAGGGGAGAGAGGGUGAUGAGCCUGAGCAAGACAGGCAACCUAAGAAGUCCAAAAAAGUGGACGACGAUGGCGAUGUGGACAUCAAAAAGUUGGCUGCACGUGUCAAGGCAAAGAGCAAGCAAAGAUAG